AUGAAGAAUAGGAACAACGUGACUGAGUUUAUUCUUCUGGGACUUACGCAUGAUCCAAAGAUGCAAAAAAUAAUAUUUGCUGUGUUUUUUAUCAUCUAUAUCAUCACUGUGGUGGGAAAUGUGCUCAUUGUGGUCACCAUUAUUGCCAGCCCAUUGGUGGGGUCCCCCAUGUACUUUUUCCUGGCUUAUCUCUCCUUUCUUGAUACUUGCUAUUCCUCUGUCACUAUCCCUAAAAUGAUUAUUGAUUCCAUCAGUGAAAGGAAGACCAUCCUAUUCAUUGGAUGCAUGACUCAAAUCUUUGGGGAACAUUUCUUUGGCGGUGUUGAGGUCAUCCUUCUUACAGUGAUGGCUUAUGACCGAUAUGUGGCCAUCUGCAAGCCCUUGCACUACACAACCAUCAUGAACCGCAGAGUGUGCGGUCUGCUAAUGGGAGUCUGUUUUCUGGGAGGCUUUCUUCAUGCAACCAUACAAAUCAUUUUUGUGUUUCAGUUACCUUUCUGUGGCCCUAACAUCAUAGAUCACUUUAUGUGUGAUCUGAACCCUUUGCUCAGCCUUGCCUGCACUGAUACUCACAUUCUUGGGCUCUUUGUUGCAGCCAACAGUGGGUUUAUCUGCCUAUUAAACUUUCUCAUGUUGAUGGUCUCCUAUGUGGUCAUCCUGUACUCCCUGAAGACCCACAGUUUAGAGGGGAGACGCAAAGCCCUCUCAACUUGUAUUUCCCACAUCACAGUGGUUAUAUUAUAUUUUGUACCCUGCAUAUUUAUAUACCUGAGACCUGUGGCCACUUUAUCUAUUGACAAAGCAGUUGCUGUAUUCUACACCACCAUAACUCCCAUGUUAAAUCCAUUAAUCUAUACUUUAAGAAAUGCCCAGAUGAAAAUUGCCAUUAUAAAAUUGUGCAGUAAAAAAACUUUUUCAGUUAAUAAGUAA